CCAUCACUAACUGCCAAGCCGCGAUUACUACCUUCAAGAAGAAGAAAUAUUUAAACAUUUUAUCAACUCCCCAUUUGGGUUUUCAUUUUUAAUAAUUAUGGCCUACCAGGAUAAAAUCGAGAAAUUCAAGGCCUGGGCCACUAGCAUAGGUUGUCCACCAAGUGCACUGCCCUCCAAUGACGCUCUUCGAAGCAUUUAUAAGUCCGGGUCCAGCCAGCUUUUGGAUACUCUGCAGACAAGGAUUCAGCCACGAGAAGUUGUGCGGGAGGUGCGAGAGAACAUCCUUAUCUCCCAGGUGGCUCGUUACAAGGACAAGAUGGUUCCAAUGGCCUCUAGGAGCUUCCUGCCACUGGAGCUGCAGCGAUAUCACCAAAUGAAAGAGCUACAAAAGCAAAAGGAGAAGGCAGAGCAAGGUCUAAAAGAGGCGAGAAAGGAGUACGAUAUCCUCUCCGCCAGCAUCAAAACGAAGAACAUUCAAACCAUCAGUGCCAAGAACAGGGUCCAACUUCUAGCAUCAAAAUGCAAUAUCCUCGAUCUAAAGCUGGAGUCAUUGAACAAAUCCCACGAGCAGGAGCUGAAGAACAAAGCCCAGAUCCUAGCCACCACCCCCGUCAAGCUGAAUUCCAAGAAUGCCAGCGAGAAACAGGCUGCCAAGGCGGUGGAGAAGGCUCUCAAGCAGCUUGAGGAAUUCUACGGCAUGUGUGACGAUGGCAGCAGUGCUCAUAUUUUGGCUGAAAGCAAACAGAAGCUCUGGGAUCAGAUGCGGAGUAUUUUCGGGGAUACUCCCAAUGCCCUGCUCUUGAAUGUAAUCAUGAAAAUCAAAGAGGAGCAGCUUCAGAACAUAAUUCAUUUAAAUGAAAGUACUGGUAACUCCACAUCGUCCAAACCGCCUCUCAACAACUUCGAAGUGAAACUGCUGAAAACCAAGGCCGAUCUUCUGGGUCUGGCGGCCAAGUCCAUUAGUGCUCAAAAGGAGUUGGAGCAAAAGGAAUCCCGUUUCUGCCAGGUCUAUUCUGCCUUCGUGGACGAACUGCAGAAGAAAGUGCACACCUUCAACGGCAUCAGCGAAGAGGAGGAGGAAAACGCCGACGAACUUAUCAUCGACUUCAUGGUUCAGUACAAUAUGCGCAACUUUAAUCGUGCCCAGAACGAGUUCCUGCGCGAGCAGAUCGAACAGUUGCGCUCCGAACUGGAGGCAGGCGGGAGACAACUGAAAAACCACGACCUUAUGCUAGGCUCCGUUAAGCAGGUGUAUAGCGACAUCAACUCCUCCAUCAAUCGCGUUCAACAGGACAUGGUGCAGUUGUCGCAAAUCAAGGAGAAAAUCCUCUACUCUCGCAACAUGAUGAAGAAUAUGCUGGACAACAUGCAGGCCGCCACGCAGAAUCAGAACGCCAAGUCACAGCUAAUCAGCACCAAGCUAAAGGUCAGCAACAUGUCCAUGCUGGGGGCUGAAAGCUUCUGCCUGGCCAACGACAGCGUCUUCUCCAGCACCAAGGUCGAGUUCGACUGCAAUACGAGCAUCGUAAACUCCACGCUGCGUCGCAGUUUUGAUAACAAAACCAUGAUGCCUGGUGGAGCAGGUUCCACCACUCUGGUGAGUGGAGCAGGAGCCAGUGUUCCGUCCCACCUCCUGGAGCUGAACACAUUUGCCGAAAUGUCACUGGAAAAGCUGAGCUGCAUGCCCCGCGCCUGCGCCUUCCUACUGGCGGCCAAUCCACUCAUCGUUGAGGCCCAGGAGCUGGCCUCCACGGUUCAACUGGCGCCCGGCUAUCUGCUGACACCCUUCGGGGCCCUGCAGGAAGUCCGCAAACGCAUUUUGUGGGCGUCGGCAAUUGCCGCACACACGUCUGACUUGAAAUUGAAUUUCGAACCUUUAAUUGUUGAUCCGCACGAUUUGAGGCUGAAGGCGAAUCGUCAGCACGAGGAAAUUGACCAAUUGCUGGACAAUCUGCUAGCCAUCGGUGUCAAGACCCAAUUGCAGCUGGAAAAGGCCGAACGCAUCUAUCAGUUUCUGCUUGCGAAUCCACUGCGACGAUAUGUCCCACCCGGCAAGCGCUUCAACAACGGCAACUAUGUGGAUUACGAGUCCGAGUUCAAUCUCUAUUAUCGGAUGGCCACCACCGGGGGAUCCAUUAGGGCGCCCACUGCCUUUGGAAAGCACUCCGAUGGCCAUCAUUGAAUUGUUGUUUUUUGAGGAAUCCCCCACAUGGUCUCAUCUUUCUAAGCCAAGUCCUUGU